AUGGGUUCGGGAUUAUCAAAGGUCAUGGAUGACCUGCUAGAGGACACUAAUUUUGACAGAGAUGAGAUUGAAAGGUUGAGAAAGCGGUUUAUGAAACUAGAUAGAGAUAGUUCUGGGUCUAUCGACAGGAUGGAAUUCAUGUCCAUACCAGGUGUCUCGUCAAAUCCUUUGGCCGGGAGAAUAAUGGAAGUCUUUGAUGCUGACAACAGUGGAGAUGUAGACUUUCAAGAAUUUAUUACAGGACUAUCGAUUUUCAGUGGACGUGGUAGUAAAGAUGAAAAACUGAAGUUCGCCUUCAAGAUUUACGAUAUCGACAAGGAUGGUUACAUCUCAAAUGGAGAGCUUUUCAUCGUGCUGAAAAUUAUGGUGGGAAAUAACUUAGAGGACGAACAAUUACAGCAAAUUGUUGAUAGAACAAUUUUGGAAAGUGACAAGGACGCAGAUGGGAAGCUGAGCUUCGAGGAGUUCAAAAACGCUGUCGAAACAACAGAGGUGGCCAAUUCUUUGACUCUCAGAUGCGACAUAUGA